UGCUGUGUGAACUUAUAAAUAUAGCUAGCAAUAUAUUGCUCUGGUGUAGAUGUUUUAUUUGUUGAUUUGUUUUGAUGUUUUUUUUUUUUAUUAUUAUUUAACUUUUCCUGCAUCAUUGGGUCUGCCACAUGUGGACUGAUCGCACUUAGGCUUCACAUCUUAAAACUAAAAGCUGCAGAUAAUUUUAAAAUAACCGUACAAUAAAAACCAAAACACUGCGACGUCAGCCGAAUCUGACAGGAGUGCGGCAGAUAACAGGAGCUGUUACCGACACCGACCCGUUUCUCUGAUCCUCAAGCGCAAUGAUUCAACCCACGCGCGCGUGCACAACGCCGCAAGUGUUAAAUACACAGCUAAUUAUGCGUAUGAAAAUUAAACAACAGUGUUAUGCUAAUUUAGCUGGAUUCAGCUGUGUCUUCAAGCACUCGAGACUAGCAUUUUAACCAAAUGAAUCAUCAAAGUAAUUCAUCUUUGCGUUUAUACCUGUACUUAAUCAUAUCUGUUAGGUGUUAAAUGCUUUGCUCACGAAGCCGUGACCAGCAGAAAAUGCAAGAGCAUGCUAAAAUUGUUUUUAAUUGUUUUUUUUUUUAAUAUAUUGUUAGGUCAAAUAAUUUUGUUUGCUGUUGUUAUUCCUUAUUAAAUUUGCACUUUAAUAAAAUAAUAGCCUAAUAAUGCCAGGGCAUUAUUAUUACGCACUGAUCAUGUGAAAACAAUUAGUUUUUGAAAGAACAUGUUGAUUAUUCGUUUUAAUGUGUAGUAUUUUGUGUUAGUGAACACUGUUUGAAACCAAAUCUCAAAUAUCAAAACCAAACAUCAAAAUCUGAUGAUAUUUUAUAAUCUGAUGUGUGGUAAAUAUUGUGGCUCUGCAGGAAGGUGUUUGAGCCCUCCACACACGGCCUAUGCGUCUCGGUCCAUUCCCUAAAUUUCUACAUUAGCAUUGCACAAUAGAGUCACAGGUUGGUCUUGUUUCUUGAGUUUAUCAGGUCCGUCGGACCCGACCCUCGGAUCACCAAUCCGCGUCGCUCUUGGAGGGAGUGGACCAAUCAGAGAGCACCUUGGAUAAAUAUUCAUGAUUCCCUGAUUCAAACCUUUGAGCGAGUUUGUCUGGAUCCACAGCAUCGUACCUAGACUUUUCACAGAGACAAACUACAUUUUCUUAUGAAUGGAAAGUGAAAAAAUCAGUUGCGCUUAAAUUGGGCUCCAUCCUUCACUCAGAUCAUAGAAGAAAACAAAAAAGCAGGGAGAGAGAGAGAGCGAGAGCGAGAGACAUGACCAUGUCUACAAUACCAGAGAGUCUUAACAGCCCAGUCUCAGGAAAGAGCGUGUUCAUGGAAUUUGGGCCACCAAGUCAGCAAAUGUCGCCUUCAUCUAUGAGCCACGGACAUUAUUCAAUGCACUGUUUACACUCAUCCGGACACCCGCAGCACGAGAGCGCGUACAGCCCGGCUCCGUCCUUCCCCAGAUCUCUGCCUUAUCCAUACGUCAACUCGGUCGGUAGCCAUUCCUCCAGUCCGUACCUCAGCACCGUGCAGACUUACCCAAACAACUCGGCUCUGGCGCAGACGAGGCUGGAGGACCCAGCGCCGGAGUCAGAGAAAAACACCGUGGUGGAGGGAGGAGAGGUGCGUUUCAACGGGAAAGGCAAAAAGAUCCGCAAACCCCGGACCAUCUACUCCAGCCUCCAGCUGCAGGCUCUGAACAGGAGGUUCCAGCAGACUCAGUAUCUGGCUCUACCGGAGAGAGCCGAGCUCGCCGCGUCCCUGGGGCUCACGCAGACACAGGUGAAGAUCUGGUUUCAGAAUAAACGCUCCAAGUUUAAGAAACUGAUGAAGCAAGGAGGAGGAACAAUUGACACGAACGCUUUGGCAAACGGGCGCGGACUGUCCACCGGAUCUCCAUCCGUAGCGAGCGUCUGGAACUCAACAGCCAGCGUCAAAACAUCCACACCGACCUCGUAUAUUCCCAGUUACACCUCAUGGUAUCCCACAGCACACCAGGACACUAUGCAGCAGCCGCAGCUCAUGUGAACCAGCACUGCUGACACAACCCCGCCCCUCUCUCCACCAGUGGCCCAGAUCAGGGGACCCAGCACGGGCCACUCACCCUGCGGCCUUACACACACACUGGCCCUCCGCAGCCCAGACCAGAUGCGAGCCGGGGACGCUCUCUGAAAGACACCUGCUGACACACCGGCCAGCGUGGACCGAGCGAGGCUCGUCUGCACCGGAGAGGAAACGCAUCUCUUUUUUUUUAAUUGAAGGGAAUGCCGGGAAAAAGGGUUAAAUCAAAGCUACUGCUUUCCCCCUUUCCGUGACUUUUUUGAUGUGUAAAAAAAAAAAAAAAAAAAAAAAAAAAAAAUUAAUGAAACUGUACCUAGUCAGAAAUGUAUUUCAUUUUCUUCAAAUUUGUAAUUUUCCGUCAGAAAUUUGGAAUUACCGGUUUGUCCAUCCACAACAGAGUGCUGCUGUGCUGUGAGUGCGCGAGAGCGACAUGAACAUCACACAGACACGCGCUUCUUCCAGAAGCUCGUACAGUCGCUGCAGGCUUGUGUAAAAACUGGGAUAAAUCACACCGUGAGCAAGUGUGAACGUCUCAAGAUUUCCCCCAUUUUAAAGGGUACAAAGAAACCUUUAAACAAACUUGUUUUCUAUGUAUGGCGUUUUGUGUUUAUUUAAAUAUAACUUAUUUAGAACUUUGUUUUUUUUGUUUGUUUUGUAUCUGUUCGUAUGUUUUAUUUAAAAUAAAUGUUCUUUAAAUUAUGACGUCAGGCUGCAUUAUAAAAAUAGAAGCAUUCCCCUCGGAUCUGAACCUAGUUUGUAAAGCUGAGUGUUUCUGGAUCCUCCGAAGAGAAGCGGAGUGCAGAUAAACGCGUCUCCGUCACCGACAGAUGGGGAGUGUUGACAGCUCUAAUGUACAGAAAUAGUCGUUUUCGUUGUGUGCUGAAUAAUUUGUGCAAAAGGAUCUAAACAUGAUUGUGUUGAUUAAAAUCCAUGUGUCUUUCCGUUUUGAGAAGUAGUUACCGGUCACAUUAAUUUAUUGUUUUUGUCUUAUGGAGUCUUGUAUAUAAUGUGUAAACUCGAACAGUAAACAUCUGCUUAUGAAAGAAGUUACACAA